GGAGAAUGAUGACAACAUGGAUGAAAAUGAUGAGACUUCUCGCAUCCCAGUCAUCAAACGCAUAAAGAAGGGAGAACUGUUGGCUCCGGACCAGCGAAAUAAAGCAGUCGGACCGGAGCAGAGAUCGAGAAAUUCUUUACCCCCCAAGCAAGUACAAGUUGGCCGUGAGCCUGAGGCCCCCAGAGUCAGGGGAACGCCAGGAAAGAACAUCAUGCAGUCCGUAGAACAAAUUGUCAACAGUCAACGUGUUGCUCCAAACAACCAAGGAACCCAUGGGGGGCCAAGCUUCCACACAAACACAUUGAGUGCCAUCCCUGGUUCGUCCCGGGUCCAGAUAGAGAUGGAAGGUGUGCAGAGCCCAGUCCAGGGUAUCAUCAUACCUUCAUCAAUGGUGCCCCAAAUAGCCCCUCAAUUGGGCAUCCCAGGGAACCCGGUGGGCAUUCAGAUCCUUCUGGUGCAAGAGGAGUCCUCAUCAGGGAAUUUGGUGCAUGUCUAUGUAAUACCAGAAGCUGAUAAGAACAAUGCGUCUGGUUCAUCGGCUCCUGGUGGACUUCCAGCUCUCAGCUCCCCUAUUCCAAGCCCUCACCCGACCACACCUCUGCAAAGUCCACUUCCGUCGGCACAGUUCCCCCCGUACAACACCAGACAUCCUGCGCCAAUUUGUAGCCCUCAGCCCUACAACCCAAUUCAGAGUCCACCAUUACCAAGAAGCCGCCAGCCAAGUGGCUCCUUCCCGAACUUGAUUUCUCCAAGAUUCAGGCAACCACAGAGCCUACAUUCCGCAGCACCCAUUCCCACGACCCACGGCGUAUCUACCUCAAUGAGACAUGGACUAAUUCCUGCCUCAAUUCCACAAGAUCACGUUUCUUUGCCUGGGAGUGGUCAGUUUCCUUCAGAGCUUUCAUCCCAGCCUUCAAUUCAUUAUCCAAAUAUUGCAAGGGGCAGGAACGCACCCUGCCAUUCAGGACUUCCCCCAUCACAGUCUCACCUGACUGCACAAGUUCCACCGCAGCAUCACUCAAAUCUAUCCACACAUGCACCUUGUGGUGGCGGUGCAACUCUGCCAGCGCCAACUGCCGCUUAUGACACAAUGAGGACAGGGCCGUCCGCUGGCCAGCCAUCAUCAUAUUCCCCCCUGCUUGCCACACAGACUAAUGCAGAUUACACAACCUCUGUACUUAAGCCAGUCAUUGAACAGAGGCUUGAUGUGGCAGCCCAAGAUUGUGACUAUAUGAUGGGUUCUUCUGAGAGACCUGGG